AUGAAUCAUUCCGCUUACGCUCGCUCAGGUCACGAUAUUCUUAUCCACCCUGGCUUUCUUCCCCUUGAGCCACCACUCGAAGCUCUACCACAUGCUUAUUUUGAACCUUGGGAGACCAUUGCUACUAACAUACCAUCUCUUGUUUCUACACGAAAGAUCAGGAACGCUGUGAAACGUAUGCCCGUAUUAUUUACCCAGGAGCUAACUUCUGAGCUUGAAUGGCAAAGAGCGUACGUCCUGUUGGUAUUCAUGCUACAGGCAUAUUUAUGGGGCGAAUCAACACCCGAAGAGGUAAGUCAUUCCACCCUCAAUCUCGAUCCCACUGGUAGAUGUCGCUGCACAUUUGACCUUCCUCCAACAGCAACAUAUUCCGGGUUCUGCCUCUGGAACUAUAAGGUCCUUGACCCUGCGAAGUCAAAUGAGGAUCCUGAAAACUUAGCCACACUCUUGACCUUUACCGGAUCAGAAGAUGAGGAAUGGUUCUAUCUGAUUUCUAUAGCUAUUGAGGCACGCGGCGCAAGAAUGAUUUCUCAAUUGUUAAAAGCACUCUGGACAGCUGAACAUAAUGAUACAGAAGCAGUAACUGUUCAACUGCGAGACUUCACUGAAGACCUAAGUGGAGUUAUCACAGUGUUGUCCCGUAUUCGUGAGCGCUGUCGGCCCCACGUGUUCUACCAUCAUCUACGCCCAUUCCUCAAUGGAACCAAGAACAUGAGUCAGGAGGGAUUGCCCUGGGGGGUUAAAUUUGACGAUGGAACUGGCUGCCAAGAAUACCGACAAUACAGUGGUGGCAGCAACGCCCAGAGCUCGCUUAUCCAGCUGUUCGAUAUCGUUCUAGGAGUCGAGCACGAUCCUUCCGCUGGUAGAUUCAUGGAAGAUAUGCUUCAGUACAUGCCCGGGGAUCAUCGACUGUUCAUUGAAGAGAUGACCACUGUUGGGAAUAUCCGGGACCAUGUCACGCGGAAUGGUCAAGAUGACGAGCUUAAUCAGGCUUACGACCUCGCUCUUGAAACACUGCGUGAGCUCCGCGAUGUUCAUUUGCAUAUCGUUACCCAGUAUAUUGUUGCUCAAUCUUCCACGGCACUUGGUGAUAUGGACACAUCGGCUGUGAAUCGAAGAGCUGAUGUGGCAUCUUCGAGAGAGGAUCGGUUUGGUGGGAAUUCUAAAAGGGAUUCAUUGGGCGUCUUGCGGGGAACUGGUGGAACUCCCUUGAUUCAGUUUUUGAAAAAGAGCCUGGGUGCCUGGAGGGGGUUCUGCCUGAUCUCCAAGGCUGCGAGGUGGGGUGACCUGCCGGAUCAGGCAACCAGGCACCCGCCGGAAGCGGAACAACUGCGGCCGGCAGCGCCCCUUAUCAACACGUGGAUGCCGGAAUCCCCUCACGAUCAUCAGUCCAGAAUUGCCCGGCAGCCUGUCGAAAAAAUGUCUCUCAGCAACAGCCUCACUUACCAACCUCAGGUGCUCAAAUUCGGCACCAGUGGUCGUCGCGGUCAAGUGAUCGAUCUCACGCAGCUGGAGAUCUACAUCAAUGUCCUCGCCGAGAUCCGCUAUCUGCAAUCCCUCCCGCUGUCCGACGGUGGCAUCCAGAAGGGCGACGACUUUUAUUAUGCCCACGAUCUUCGCCCCAGCUCUACACACUACGUCGAGAACCACCGCGGUGGCCUCUCACAGGCGGUUGAACAGGCCUUGAAGGAUGGUGGCAUGCGAGCCAUCAAUCUGGGCGCAAUACCCACCCCCGCUCUCACCUACUACGCUCUGCAGCACGGCAAAGGCAGCAUCAUGGUCACCGGAAGCCAUAUCCCCUUCGAUCGCAACGGAUACAAACUGAACACUUCGAAAGGAGAGCUGUUGAAGGAGAAUGAGAAGCCGAUCAACCAGGCCGUCGAGCGCAUGCGUGAGGAAAUCAUGUCCCAGCCGUUCUCCGAAUCCCUCUUCGAUGCCGAUGGCAUGCUUCGCCAUGCGCCCUCCGACCUGGUACCUACCGUCCCCGACGGAAAGAACUCCUACGUCAAGCGCUACCAGGACUUUUUCAAGGGACAAUCGCUCAAGGGGAAGAAGAUCAUGGUUUACCAGCACUCCGCCGUCGGUCGCGAUCUCGUGGUCGAAAUUCUGGAACAAUUUGGCGCCCAAGUCACUCCGGCCGGCCGCAGUGACACCUUCGUACCCAUUGAUACCGAGGCCAUCGACCAGGCUCAGCUCAACACAAUCCAGGGCUUUUACCAGCAGACUGGUGACAGCUUCGAUGCCGUCGUGUCUACGGAUGGCGACAGUGACCGUCCGCUGCUUGUCGCGCCCAAGGGAGAGCAGCUUCGUUUCUUCGGCGGUGACUUGUUGGGCAUGAUCGUGGCGGAAUAUUUGGGUGCUGAUGCUGUGGUCGUCCCCAUCAGCAGCAACGAUGCCAUCGAUCGGGGUUCUCUCGCGUCGGCCACCGAGCCUCGCACCAAGAUCGGCAGCCCAUACGUGAUUGCUGGUAUGCAGACCGCCGUCGCCAAGGGAAAGAGUCGGGUUUGUGGAUGGGAAGCCAACGGUGGAUUCCUCACUGGUUCUCAUCUUGAACGCGACGGAAACCCGCUCCCGGCACUUCCCACGCGUGACGCCGUUUUGCCUCUACUCUGCGUCCUGUUCGCGGCCCAAAAUCGCCAGAUCACCGUGCCUCAGCUUUUUGGCACGCUCCCAGCUCGUUUCAGCAAGGCCGCUCUGAUUCGGAACUUCCCGCGACCCACGAGUCUGAAGAUCGUCCAGAAGUUUUCCCCACAAGACCCCGCCAUGCAAGAAGUUGCCUUCGAAGCUGAGAAGAUCAGCGCACAGGACGGCGGUCGAGCCCCUGUUGCCGUAACUGAAUCGCAGGCUCAGCAUUUGGACCAGGUGCGCCAAGAACUACAGACCGUGUUUUCCGCCCAGGCCGGAUUCUCGUCCAUCGCUCGCCUGAACUACACGGAUGGUGUGCGUAUCAUCUUCACCAGCGGUGAUGUGGCUCACGUCCGACCUUCCGGCAAUGCCGACGAGCUCCGGAUUUACGCCGUUGCCGACUCCCAGGCUCGCGCCGACGACAUCACCAUCCAGGGCGUUGCGGAGCCCAAUGGCCUUCUUCGCCAGUUAGAGCGCUUGGUUUAG